AAGCGUGAGUACGGGACCGAGAUAUAUAUAACCUGUCACUCCCACCACUCACAGGUGACAGGUCAUACCAUCGUUCCCUGGAUUCUUCCAUCAUGUCAGCUGUGAACAUGACAAAUGCUCAAAUCCACCCCAAAUCUGCGCAUUCUACUUCUUCCCCAUUGCCCGACACAUUUCCACAUAUCAACCCAAUCACAGGUCCUGCAAUGGAUCUUUACGAAGACGGCUACAGUGAUCCAGUCUAUCAGGCGAAAGCUCGCAUCUUGAAUCAUGCAAUACAAGACAUCGGCAUGGGUAGAUAUCAGUGGUGUCUCUUCGUGGUCACUGGCUUUGGCUGGUUUGCUGACUCUGUCUGGCCCCUUUUGAGCGGGCUCAUCCUUGCCCCUGUCGUCAAUGAAUUCCACUUCAACGGCCCUUUUCUGUCGUUAGCUUCAAAUAUCGGCCUUCUUGUCGGUGCCGUGUUUUGGGGUCUUGGGUGUGACAUCUGGGGACGCAGGUGGUCUUUCAAUGCCACAUUGUUUAUCGCCGGAAUAUUUGGCUUAGUAUCGGGUGGAGCUCCUAGUUUCGUUGCACUAGCAUCCUUGAUCGCUAUGGUCGGUGUCGGCGUGGGAGGCAACUUACCAGUGGAUUCUGCCGUUUUUCUUGACUUCGUCCCAGGUUCCCACCAGUACUUGCUCACUAUCCUUUCCAUUUGGUGGUGUCUCGGACAAUUACUGUCCAGUCUCAUCGCAUGGCCUCUGAUCGCUAAUUAUUCUUGUGCGAGUGCCUCACACUGCACCAGAUCCGACAAUAUGGGAUGGCGUUACCUGUUAUUCACCCUUGGCGGAAUUACCCUCUCACUGUGGGCCGUUCGGUUUUUCAUCUUCACGUUGUUGGAGAGCCCGCGGUUCCUCUCUGGCAUCGGUCGUGACGCUGAUGCCAUUGAGGUCAUCCACAAAUUGGCGAAAUUCAAUGGAAAGACAUCUUCCCUCACAUUGGAAGAGCUUGAGGCUCCAGACAGAGCAAUGCCAGGCAAACGUUCAUCCUCCGGGGAAAGGCGCAACAUAAUCAGCAAGAAUUCCAAGUACGACACCGGUCAUAUCAAAGCUCUCUUUGCUACUCCCAAAAUGGCUUGGUCGACUAGUCUAUUGAUUGCCAUGUGGGGUCUCAUCGGACUUGCCUCUACGUUGUAUAACAAUUUCCUGCCAUAUCUACUUUCCAGCCGUGGUGCUGUCUUCGGGGAUGGAUCCUUGUACAUUACCUAUCGCAACCAAGUCAUUUUGAGUGUCAUAGGUGUUCCUUCUGCCUUACUCGCAGGUUGGGCAGUAGAACUCCCAUACAUUGGGCGCAAGGGUACUCUUGCUAUUGCCUCAGGGCUCACCGGCGCGUUUUUGUUCGCGACCACCACCGCCCGGACAUCUAACCAACUUCUGGGGUGGAAUUGCGGAUACGUGUUCUUCAGCAACAUUAUGUAUGGCGUCUUGUAUGCUAUUUCUCCCGAGAUUUUUCCUGCAAAAGAUCGCGGUACAGGGAAUGGUCUGACGUCCACAGCCUCGAGGGUGUUUGGUGUUUUGGCCCCCAUUAUUGCGUUAUAUGCCAACCUCGCGACGGCGGCACCUGUAUAUAUCGCUGGAGCUCUGGUUAUUUUUGCUGGUAACCUGGCUCUCUUGUUGCCCUAUGAGCCCAGAGGUAAGGUUUCUAUCUAGAAUUUUUCACUUGCGAUAUGAUGCUUCGGUUGCUCGUGGAACUAGGAUAUGUAUUAGAUGUAUUAGAUGAUCCAAGAGAUUGCUUUUGUACUUUCUCCAAUGUAGCUUGCGAACCCUUAGAAAAUAGUGUCUAUGCAGAAAGACUGCACCUAUGUGACUUGGGAGCGGAAGAAGGUUGCAGAAUAAA